UCGAGCGCGCACGCUCAGCGGCUGCCGCUGCCGCCGCCGCCGCCGCCGCCGCCGCCGCCUCCUCCGGCACUGCUGCCGCCGCACAGCGUCAGACGCACACAGCCCGGGAUCCUCUCCCCUCCCCCUCCCGCUCCUCCUUUUCCUUUCCUUUUAUUUGAGUUCACCUCGCUGUCAGGAUACGUCCCGUGCGUGCGUAAGCCGGGAGCGAGCGCGCGUGGGGGACACACAAAGCACCGCGCCGGCAAGAUUGCGCACAACGCCCGGUCCUCAGCCUCCAAAUGAUCGCCGUCCUUUUUCGGGGUGCGAGCAUGUGCGAAGACGGUCGGAAAAGUUUGCCGGCUGUGGAUGAGCUCGCUUGGUGAACGAGGCGGCCGCGGUGCGUUUUGGACAGACCCAUGCCCAGAGAUGGCGUCCAAGUGAGCGGCGUCAUGCGUGCGAGGCGCCCGGGGGCCGCGCCCCUCCUGCUGAUGGUCCUGCUGGAGCUGGCGUGCUGUCAGGAGGCUCCCUUAGUAGCAGAGACGGGAGUGGCGCAGGACGGGCUGAGCGAGGCUCCGACGGCGGCUCCCACCACGGGACACGGCGAAGACAACUCUUUGGGCUACACAGGGUCCCGUCUGCGCCAAGAGGACACGCCGCCCCGCAUCGUGGAGCAUCCGUCCGACCUGAUCGUAUCCAAAGGCGAGCCGGCCACCCUCAACUGUAAGGCGGAGGGCCGGCCCACGCCCACCGUGGAGUGGUACAAGGACGGCGAGCGGGUGGAGACGGACCGGGACGACUCGCGCUCGCACCGCAUGCUGCUGCCCAGCGGCUCGCUCUUCUUCCUGCGCAUCGUGCACGGGCGGCGGAGCAAGCCCGACGAGGGCUCCUACGUCUGCGUGGCCCGGAACUACCUGGGGGAGGCGGCGAGCCACAACGCCUCGCUGGAAGUAGCCAGUAAGUGCGGCGUGUCU